CUCAAUUAUAUAAAUUUUUACAUUCAUAAGGGAUAAAUCAUACGGCCGCCUUGGUGUGUCAUCAUGGUAAACGACGGUGUUGUGAACUUCGGAUGCCUGGAAAAGCUUUGGGACGCUAUAGAACACGCGGUUUCGGCUUGGACUCGAUAAGCCCAAGAUCUACUCUCUCUUUUUAACCUCCCACUCUGCACGUGUAUUUAUCAACAACCUCGGCAGUUGUCACAUCGACGUUGCUUCAUCUUUUCCAUAUCAACUAAGCUGAGCUACUUCGAAGUCAAUUCGAGCCCUUCGAUGGGCAUUAAGUAAAGAAUUUUUCUCACAUAUUCUGUUUUUCUGUUUAUAUAAAAAAUAAAACCGACAAAUAAAACAAAAAAAAAUCACCCUGGUGAAACAUCAAUGUGAUUAAAAAAAAAAAUUCUGAGCCUGUUGAUGGUGCACUUCUCAGUAUCGCUCGUAAAGCGCUUCUCGGCAUCUCCGCACAACUCGUGCUUGGAGCACUGUACUAUACGUAUUUGUAUCAUAUGUAUAACAUCGUUAGUAUGACCGAAUUUUUCAACAACAGGCCGCGUGCAGGCAGCUUAUGAGAGAAUUUUAUCAUCAUCACGAGUCCUUAUGAUACUUUGAGCUAAGUCUUGUUGUCGGCGGACGCCGCCACUGUCGCCGCUUCUGCUGCUGCUACUCACUUCUACUCUUAUUGUGCUCUAGCUUGCAUUGUGGUGCAGCACUGCGGUUCGUUCAUGCGGACUAGGCAAUCGUCGGGUCUGGCGCCAAAAGCCCAACGAAAUUGUUGUUCAGGUUGCACCUACGUAUUUACCUUGAGUUCGCCGUUGUCGCUGUCGCUGUUGCGGGUAUCCAAGGUGCACUGCUGCUGGAGCCGCUGUCGUUGCUUCGACUUCAACAUAAAUAUGCUCGUUGACCAUUGCCCAGGCUAGUUCGAGACUGCAUUCGCCUCUGACAGCUCCGCACGAUGGUGAGACGCCGCAAGAACGAGGCCAAGGCUGCGGCGAAGCCUCCGCCGAAGACCCUGGCUGUUCGCAAAUCUACCCGUCAGAAGAAGAAGAAGCAGUCAGACGAACAGAAGACCAACGGUGACCUGCUUCUGUCCGACGUUAAUAAUUCCGAUGACUCGAAAGAUACCAACGACCAGAGCUCGCAAGAGCCAGUCAAGACCUACAAUACCGUUCCUAAGAAGUCGGCCAGAUUCAAGCAAUCGAUGGCGGAGCAAGAAAACGCUGAGCGUGGUGAAUCUGUACAUAGUAUAGCCGUCGAGAGCGAUAGCCAAGAUGGCUCAAACGAUAAUGUUGUUUCUGAAAAAGUUGACUCUGUUGAAGAGUUGGUCUGCGACUGGAACGAGGAGGUCAUAGAAGAAACUAUUAUUUGUGAAGAGAUGGAAGUUGACGAACAAGUUUCAAGUACAACCUCUCUUAAUCCAGAAAAUAAACUUCUGGAACAAGUGGUAAUAGUGCAAAAUUCUGAUUCAAUGGAUCAAAGUAUUGAAUACACUCUUGUUGAAUGUGACGCAAAAGAACCCAAUGUAGAAAAUGUUGCUAAUCCAUCAUUGGUUAGUAAUACUAGUUUUACAAAUUCUGAUAGUUGUAAUAAAAUAGAACAAGCUCUGAGUGUUUUACAUAUGAAUGAGCAAAACAGUUUAGAAGAAUCUAAAAGUGUUCUCUCAGUGACUAAUAGCGUUAAUGAUACUUCUGUAAAUAAAAUUGAAAAUAGUGUAAAAGUUGCUAAAGAUGCUGCCAUUCAGAAGGACAAUCAAACUCCGAAGAGUACAGCUAAAUCUCCUAAAGAUCCUAGAACAGCAAAAAAUAAGACUUCAGUGAGUUCUAGUGAUACAAAAAGUGCACUAAUCAAUUGUGAAGAACAAUCGAGAAAUAGUGAUUCCAUCAGUAAAAUAGAAUCUGACGAUCUUAAAAUAUCCAGCAGCAGUGAAAACAGCAAUGAUACCCUGUCGUCUACGAGCAGCUCUAAAAUUUCAGAUUCAAAUGUAGAUAAUAGAAUAACUUCUAACCAACGAAGUGAAGUGGAUAAAAAAUCGAAUUUUCGCGUUCGAAGUGGAAGCAUUGAUACAAGCUCUGCUUCAGAAACUAGUUCCAAUAGUUCUGGUGUACGUAGAAGUAGUAGGAUUAAGUCCAUCGGUAUGAUGAAACAAAGAUCUCGAGGCAGAGGUAUAGUCACUAAACCAUCAUCUGAUAAAGCAAAAGUGUCUGCCCAGGUUGAUAAAGAUAAAAUUCUAUCUAAUUUAAAUACCAUCCAAGAAAACACUUUACUUCAACCCAAAGACAAUAAACCAUGUGAAAUUCAACCUGUUAAAGGAUAUACUAGCAAUAAAUCCACAAAUGUUCAAGACCAGUCAGGUGUAACUCCAGUGGUAACUUCUUCAGCAACAAACGGCUAUGAUUCUGAUUCUAAUAAACCUGUAAAAGUGAAAUCCCGCUGGCGUCUAUCUAGUGAGUUAGAAAUGAGUAACUCUGCAUCUUGGUUAUCUUCUCAACCUAGCGUAGGGUUUCUUAAUACAUCAAAUCAACGAGCUACAAGCGAUAUCGUGUCAAAUGUUAUUAAUGAAUCAGUGACUAAAAUUACAUCUUUACCUGUAGGCUUGAAAGAAGAAUUGAAAACAGAAAACCUUUUGCAAGAUCUAUCUAAACAAACUAGUGCUUCGAAUAUCUCCUGUUCAAGAAGUUCAAUGAUAGCUUCUAUCAAUGACGUUGUUAAGAAUUUUACUUCAUCAAUUGAUACCAGUAGUGUUGGAUCUAAAAUUUCUUUGCCCAUGGUUCCAGUUAAAGCAGACAGAGAAAUGGAAGAAAGAUUGAGUCAGUUUGAACAUUUAACUGAAAAUUUGUAUUUGACUGAAAGGUUCACUAAUAAAGAAACAAAGAAAAUGUUAUGCGAUUGUUUUUUAACUGAAGAAGAUAUAGAAAGAGGAGAACUUGGCUGUGGCGAAGAUUGUCUGAAUAGGCUUCUUAUGAUUGAGUGUGGACCUCGAUGUAUUGUGGGAGACAGAUGUACAAAUAAACGAUUUCAAAAUUGUGAAUAUGCAAAAUGCGAAGUAUUCAGAACAGAAAAGAAAGGUUUUGGUUUGAGAGCAACGUGUGACCUCUAUCCAGGUGAUUUUAUCAUGGAAUAUGUAGGAGAAGUGGUUGAUCCAGUAGCUUUUCGGAAAAGAGCAAAAGAGUAUUCCAAAGAUAAAAAUAGGCAUUAUUAUUUUAUGGCCUUAAAAUCAGAUCAAAUAAUCGAUGCAACAAUGAAAGGAAAUAUAUCACGUUUUAUAAAUCAUAGCUGUGAUCCAAAUGCAGAAACACAGAAGUGGACUGUUGAUGGAGAAUUAAGAAUUGGGUUUUUUAGUACAAAAGAAAUAGCAAUGGGAGAAGAAUUAACUUUUGAUUACCAUUUUCAACGCUAUGGUAAAGAGGCACAAAAAUGCUUUUGUGAAUCCACAAAUUGUCGCGGUUGGAUUGGUGAUAAUCCAGAUGAUAAUAAACAAAAGUCUGACUUAUUGGAUGAAUUUGAUGAUGAUUCUGAUGAAGAAGAAGAAGAAGUAGAAGAAGAAGAACAAGAGGAGGAAGAAGAAGAGGAAGAGAAAGAAAAAGAUGAAAAAGUGAAGGUUGAACCUCAGCAAGAGAGUAUCAAUAAAGAAGUGCUGAUUAAACCACCUAAGAAACGUGGAAGGCGAAAGAGACAACCGAGAAAGGUUUCUGAACAUAUGGAAGAUGAAGAUUUGGAAGAGCAAAUCGAUAGGCUGUGUGCAUGUGGACUUAAGAAUCAAGCCCAUACAUUAACCCUGAGUCGUCUCAUGGUUCGAAGCCGAGAAAUUCUGCACAGAACGCGAUUGCUCAAAGUAAUCCAAAAAGGAGAACAACCCUGUCGACGACUCUUUCUUGAUUAUCACGGCUUAAGACUCAUGUGGAGCUAUAUGAUGGACGUAGCUGGCAAUAUCAGCGAGGAAGCCAAUGAAUUCCGUUUGGAGAUUUUGAGAACCUUGGGUACCCUGCCAAUUCCCAACAAGUCAAUGUUGAUAGAUAGCAAAGUUCUCGCAGUCAUUGAGAAGUGGUCAAAGCAAUUAAAUUGCAUACCACCCAGUGCAGAUUCUCCAGGGGACGAUGAGGCCUCUACCAAGUCGGGCGCUUCUUCAAAUCAGGGAGCUACUCCAAUGGAAGUUGAUAAAGAAGAACCAAUCGUAAGUAGUACCGUUGCGGAAUUGGCGAGCGAUUUGUUGCUGCGAUGGUCCAGCUUGAAGGAAGUAUUCAGAAUACCGAAAAAAGAACGAAUUGAACAAAUGCGAGAGCACGAGCGAGACGCUGACCGAGCUUACAAAGAAGACGAGGAUAAAAAUAAGACUGUGGUUGAUAAAUUGCAACAGCAGCGUUUAAGUCAAACCCCUGUCGACUACGGGAUCGGUCGCAAGGACAAGCGAAUCGUGGAAGAACGUAGCCGAGACAUCGUUCAAGUUCCCCGCAUGUCAAAGUUUGAACGGCGUCAAUUAUUUGCUCUGAAAGUAGCCAAAGAAGAAGAGGAACGUCAACGUCGCCAGCAGGAGGAUUCAUGGGCGCAGCAUCAAGCUUAUUGCAUUGGGCUUGGUUUAGAUCCUAAUACCACUACAGCCUUCGAUCCACAAACUGGUAUGCCGCUUUACUAUGAUCCGCAAACCGGCCAGUGGCAAGCACUUCAGCCCCCUCCCCCGUAUGCGCUGCCCAAUGGGACGCCUAACGUACCGCCGGCAGCAGCAUAUGUACAACCCGAAACAAUUGUACAGCCGGAACCGGAGCCGGAACCACCCACGCCGCAACCGGAACCACAGAUCGAAUUGCCGCCUCGCUGGGCAUGGUCUCGUGAUGCGCGAGGUCGAGUGUAUUAUUACCACAAAAAAGAGCGUAUCUCGCAGUGGCUGCCUCCGCCGCCCGAUCAUCUUUACCGAGAGCAGGACUCGAGUGCGAGCAGUUCGGAGUCCAGCGACUCUGAGAAUGAUUCGUCCUCGAUGGAAGAGACCGAAGAAGAUCCUCCUAUACCUACCCCACUCGAAACGUCGUCGAUUACGGAACCGCUGAGCACGGAGAUUGAAGCUAUGGAUGCUCUACCUGUAGUCACUGUUGCCACCGCAACGAAAAAGCGCAGGGACGGACUCGUUCAGGAACGAAUCAUUAGUCCGCGUCGCGAAGAGGACCGUGUUGAUCACAAAAAGUACAAGGAAAUUAAAGAAAAGUUGAGACGUCAAAAGGAACGAGCAAAGCUCAAAGAGCAGCUUAAAAAGCAUCGACGUAGCGGCAGCAGUGGUAGCAGCAAUAAACACAAGCACGGAACUGCCAAAUUCCAAGCUAUUCCCGGUGAAAUGUCACCCACGACGGAACGUAAAAUUAAGGACAAUUUCCGAGUCAAUAUGGCCAACGUUAUGGUGCAUUUCUUGAAUCCUUACCGCAAAAGCGACUGCAAGCAGGGUAGGAUUACAAAUACGGAGGAUUUCAAGCACCUUGCCCGCAAACUUACUCAUUUUGUAUUGGCAAAAGAACUUAAACAUUGCAAGAGUGUCGAUGAAUUAGAAUGCAAUGACAGUGUUAAACAUAAAGCAAAGGACUUCGUGAGAAAGUAUAUGAGUAAAUUCGGUGAAGUGUACCAAAAGGGUACCGAUGAAGAGAAGUUCGAGCAUUAAUCGUGAUCGAGUGAUUUUUUUUUACUUAUUAAUUGUAAUUAAAUAUAAGAAUCGAUUUGAUCAAUUUGCUGAUCACUUACUAUUACGCGGUUGCAAUCCAAAGUGUACAUGAAUAAAUUUUGAUGAUUUACUAACCGUGGCAACAAAUCACUGUAAAAUACCGAUCACUUUUUAUGAUGGAUGAAAUAGAGAAUAACCAUAGUUUAUAUUAUUAAUUGAUUCACUUUUUUUAAUUCCCAAAGUUUUGUACAAAUUAAUAAAUAACUAUUUACGCAGGAACUAUAUUGAUCUAUUUUUCUUCUGAUCAUUUGUAAACUAUUGGCAUGAAAUUCUAGAUUCAUGCAUUGAAAAUAAAUUUGUAAAUUUUAAAAUCUAAACUACUUGUAAACAGUGAAAAAGUAUCUGUAUAUAUAAAUACUUAAUAUCAUAAAAUGCGAGUUUACAACAUUUGCA